AUGCCCGCUCCAGCAGGAACGAAACGUGUGCGAGGCGUCCAGAUUCACCGUCCCUUCGUCUACGGCACCGAAGCAGUCCCCUUUGACCCAGCCAACCGACCUAAGAAUGCACCGGCGGAUCAUACACAUUCAUGGAAAGUCUUUGUCCGCGGCAUCAACAAUGAAGACAUCUCCUACUGGUUGAGGAAGGUUCAAUUCAAGCUUCAUGACACCUAUCCUAACAGUCUCCGUAUGAUUGAAGGCCCUCCAUUUGAGGUUGAGGAGACGGGCUGGGGUGAGUUCGAAAUUGCUAUCAAGUUCUACUUUGUGCCAGAGAGCACGGAGAAGCCACAGUCUAUUUGGCAUGGGCUAAAGCUGCAUCCUUACGGCGAUGAUAUUGAAGGGAAGAAGGAGCGCAGGGAGAUGGUGAAGAGCAUCUGUUAUGAGGAGGUUCUGUUUAAUGAGCCGGUGGAGCAGUUUUAUGAUGUUUUGACUGGGGGAGGUACAAAUGUAAGAGGGAAGGCCAGCGCAAAGAUGGGGAAAGCGUCCGCGAGAGGAAUGCCUACCGCAGAAAUACCAGAAAGAAUCAGCAAAGACAACGUCUACAGCCGAGAGCAGGAGUCAAGGGAGUUGGACCGGCUGGGUGUUGCUAUCAAGACGGUUGAAAACCAGAUUACAGAAGAGAAGAAGAGAUUGAUCGAAGAGGAGACCAAAUUGGCUGAGCUGGAGAAGACCGAAGGUAGACCACUGAACAAGAAGAGAUGA